AUGUUAUUAAGUGUCGAACCAAAACCUAUUUCUAAUACUCAGCAUUAUUUGAACUCACUUAUAUCAAGACAAAUUGGACAAGAAUUUAAGGAAACAGAAGUACUUUCAUUUCAAACAUUGGACUUUUAUGAGUUAAUUAAUAUGAUUGGACACACAAAAAAAAUUACUCAACAACUAUUUGACAUGGAUAGAGAAAUGAUGAUUACUGCGUCAGAAGAUGGAUUAAUCAAAUUAUGGAAUCUUAUUGAUGGUCAUUUAAUUGCAACAUUAAGAGGACAUUCAAAAGGAGUAGAAGAUAUUGAUAUUUCUUUUGACCACAAGUAUUUAGCAAGUUGUGGAGCUGAUGGAAGGUGUAUUAUAUGGGACUUAGAGAAUAAAAAGAUUGAAAAAAGUUUCUUUGUUUCUCAUAAAAAAACAACAAUGGUAACUUUCUUUCCUAAGACUUAUGGAUUUAUCGUAAUGGAAAAAGAUAAUUUAGGGCAUGUGUUUACACCAACUCUUGAGUUUUUAGCAUCUAUAGAUUGUUUUUGGGAAACCAAAAAAACAUUCGACUAUGGGUGUUUCAACACUUCAGGAGAUAUGUUUACUUCAACUUGUGGAGACAUUAUUUUAUUUUCAUUUAAAGACCCUGUCCCAGAAAGAGUAAAUGCACUUUAUAAAUCUAAAGAUAGUAUGACUUUUGUAAAUAAAGUAAGAGACAAAGACUUAUUUAUUUGUGGGUCGUCUCAGAAAUUAGUAAUUUGUGACUUUACAGAGAAUGUCAAAAUUUUAUACCUCAAACAACAAAAGAAUAUGACAAGUAAUUGUUAUGUUCUUGAAUUUAAUGGUGGAGAAAUUAAAGAACGAAUUGAAACUUCCAAAAUUACUAAUGACCUUAAAUAUAUUAUUAUUGGAUUCUCAGAAGGGACAAUUAGAGUUUAUAAAAAUGAUGAUAAAUUCAGUUUCUUUUCCGAGUGUAAAGGAAAACAUACUAACAAAAUUAAGUGCAUUGAAUUACAUCCAAAAAGAACAAAUAUUUUUGCUACUUGUGCUGAAGAUGGACAAACAAUUAUUUGGGAUUUAAUUAAUGGACUUCAUCCAAUUCUUUUCUUUACAAGAGAUGAUUAUCAUGAUAAAGAUUUGAGAAGUUUGUUAUUAACAGACUUAAGAUUUUCACCUGAUGGUAGUUAUCUUAGUGUUGCAGAUGAUUUAGGAACAUUUUCAUUAUUUGGAAUUGGUUCAGAAGGAAAGUCUUCUUUUCGAUGGACACCACCACAACAAUUUUUUCAAAGUGAUUACAACAAAUUAUUAUAUGAUGGUGCUGGUAAUUGUAUUGAUGAAAAAUUUAAGGUUGCACCUCAUUUAGUACCUCGUGGUAGUGUGUGUGAUUUUACUUUUAUUCCUUAUUCUUCUAUUCAACAAAUAUUGAAUACAAACAAUAAAUUAUUACUUCAAUGUACAGAAAAUAGAUUUACUCCAGAAACAUAUAGUUUUAGAGAUAAUCCUGAAGAGGCAAUCAUACCACGUGUUUCUAUUACUAUCGAACCAAAUGAACAAAACACAAUGCUUGAAGACACUCCUGGAGAAGCAGAUGAUGCUGUAUUUGAUGUUGAUGAAGAUAUAGAUAUUACCCAACAACAUUUAACUCGAAAUGCAGCAAGUAGAAUGGGUAUUGUUAUUCCAGACAAUGGAACAGAAGAAGUUCCAACGGUACCAAUUGUUGAUGAUGGUUCUCUUGAAGUUAAUGAAUCGUCUUCUUUAGAGUCAUCUUCUUUAGAUGAAGAAGAGGAAGAAUUAUUUGAAGAAUUAGAGAGUAGUCAAGCAGAAGAAAAAGAAAAAAAACCUACAAAGCGUGGACAACGACAAUCAAUUAAUUCUGUUGUUAUAGAAGAAACAUACACUGAGUUAUUAAAAGAAAUAUAUACAUCAUAUCCUCAUUGGAUUAAUAAGGUUGUUGGAGAGUAUGAUAUGACCUGUCCAAAGAAAAGAAAAGUAUAUUUUCCAAACGUUGGAGAUCAUGUUUAUUAUGUUCCUAGAUUUCAUGAAGAAUAUCUAAAAGAUAUUUCAACAAAUAUAACAGGAACAGAUAAUCUACAUUAUAUUGGGACAGAAGGAUGGAUUAGUUGUCAAAUUACUUUUAUGAAAAUUUAUUAUGAUGAUAUUCAGAACGAGGUAUUUGUUUCUGUUGAUUUAAAAGUAGAAAAAGAAGAUGUUAUCAUCAAUAAUAUUGUUUUUACUCAAUCAAGAAAUCAAUUUAUAUUUUUAAAAGAAUUUAUUGAUUACAACGUUCAAUAUAUUGAGGAGCAGUCUCACAAAAGAGUCAAUUAUGGAGGUUCAUCUUAUCGAGUUGAUUUUGACAAUUCAAUAUUUAUGAAGUAUAAAGGAAUUAAAUUAGUUUCAUCAAAUGGAAAUAUUGAUGUUAGUAUUAAUGAAAUUGAUAGUGAUUAUAUGGAACAUCGAUCUGAUGAUUUUGCAGAUGAAGUAAGAGAAAUUCUUAUUAAUAAAUUAAGAGAAAUUGUUGAUAAUGAAGAUUAUCAAAUAUUUAAGACACCAGUUGAUAUUAGGAUGUAUCCAAAUUAUAUUCCCGCAUGUCCAUUUCCUAUUGACUUUAAUUUAAUAUUGCAACGUCUUAUAAAUGAUAAUUAUUAUCGUACUUAUGACCAAGUUGAAUGGGAAAUAUUCAAAUUAAUUAGAAAUGCAGUGACUUAUAAUGGACCAAAUUCCCCUAUUGGAGAAUGUGCAAUUGAAAUAGCUGAAGAAUUAAAACCAACAUUAGAAACAUGUAGGACUGUUGUUAAUACUGAUUUAUUGGUUGAUUUAAACACUCAAUUAGAGAGUUUUAAAGAGAUAACAAUUCCAAAUUCUUCAACCAAACAAAGGAAAACAAGAAAGGGUAAUACAGAAACAAGACAACAAGAAGUCAAAGAAGUGAAAGAGCCUUCACAAGAAAGUGAGGAAAUUCAAGUUAUGCCAAAACGAAAUCUCAGACAUAAUUUUAUUGCAACAGACUAUGAACUUUCUCUAAAAGAAGACAAUGAGGAGGAAGAAAUUGAACCAAAACCACGUCCAAAAAGAAGAAAAACAAAAAAUACAUCUAAACAAAUGAAUGAAGAAGAGUCUCAAAUUUAUGAAGAAGAACAAGAAUUUGAACAACGUUUGGAAGAACAAUUACAAGAAGAAGAAGAUAGUGAAGAAGAAGAUAGUCCAGAUACAUUUAUUCGUCCAAGAAGAAGAAGAGCAAAAAAAAUUACUAUGCCAACAAGAAAACGGAAACAAACAAAAAUUGAAGAAAAAGAGGAUGACUUCGAAGAAUACUUUGACACAGAUGAUGGAGAUGAUUAUCCUGUUAAAAGAAAAUAUACCACACAAGAAGAACAAGAAGAUGAUGAGAGUUUAAAAGAUGAAAAUACAGAACUACUAGAACCAAGUCGUUUUAGAAGAAAAACACGGAAGAUGAAUUCUUCUUCAUAA